AUGGAAAACUUUGAAAAAAUUAUAAGUGAUGCUUUCGAAUAUAUCAACUUAGCCAGAACUAACCCAAGCCGGUUUGCAGAAAUAGUAGAGGGUAAUUUAGAAAAUUAUAAAACUCAUAAUUUAUACCAUAGAGAAGGAGACGUCCCUGUUAUUACAAAAGAAGGAAAAGGGCCAGCCAAUGAGUUGAUUGAAACUCUUAGAAGAAGCCGCCCAGUCAAACCUCUCAAAAUUAGCCUUGGUCUCUCAAAAGCUGCACAAUCCUGGGCAAACUUCUCAUGGAACCAAAAUAUUAUAGGCCAUUUUACACCUUCAUCAAAUAGUUUAAGUGAUCGUUUGGACCCAUUUGGUAAAUGGUCUGAAUGUGUGACAGAAGCCUUACUCCCCCCCCUCCGUGAGUGAACAAAAAAAUUUUGUUCACUCACGGAGGGCGGUUAAUUUUUUUUUUUUAAAAACAUUUAUAUAUAAAUUUUGUAAAAAAUAUUUUUUUUCGAAAUUAAAAAAAAUCUAAUUCGCAAAAAUUGGAAAGCAAAUAUUAAUUUAAUUUAUAAAAUUUAUGUUUUAAAAAGCAAUUCGUUUGAAAUUAAAAAGAAUUAGCUCUAGAUUUCAUUAUAAUAAUUAUCAUUUAUAUAUCAAAUUUUUUUUCCAUAAAAAUUUUUUUUCUAUUAAAAAAAUUUUUUGUUCACUCGCGGAGGGUGGGUUUUUGGGCAAAAAAUAGCGAUUUUUCUAAUGGUUUUGUUCACUCACGGAGGGGGGAGUUAGAUUAUGGAAGCUUAACUGGAUAUGAAGUAAUUCACAGCUUUCUAGUUGACGAUGGCAUUGAAUCAAGAGAGCAUCGCAUCAAUUUUCUUAGUGGAAAUUUUAAAAAAAUCGGGAUAGGAUGUGGGCCUCAUGACAAUACCAAAUCAGUUACAGUGAUAUUGCUCGCUGGAGAUUUUAUAGACAAUCCUCAAAUGCCUAAUGUAGAAAAGGAAUAAAAUGGUGGCGUUGACGGAAAUUGGUCUUUGAGGAGCGCUUCCGAUGGAGUAGGUUGGGCAAAUUCUGAUGAAGCUAAAAAUAGGGACUCUGCACUUUUUUGAAGUAUGCAAUUUUGGUAGGGUCAUACAACGUUGGUACUCUGAUGCAUAUGCACCCAACGUAGGCUGCCUUUCCUGGAGCCAAGGCAAUUCGUCAAGUGGAGAUCCGCUUAUGGCCAUAUAAUCUCAAUCUUAAUGUAGAAGUCCCAAGUGGAGGAAUAAAAAAUAACUGGGAAGUUGGCAGCUGAAUAGAUGGGGCACUAAAAUUAACAUGUGACAUUACAACAGAUAUUGAAGAUGAUAAGCUCAUAAAAACAAUUAAAAGAUUCUGGGAAAUGGGUGAUGGAUCUUCUUUUAUAAAUGAAGAUGUGAUUGUUUCGGAUAAAGGCGACUACUCAGGGUCUCCAUAA